AUGCGAGACAAUGUGGCAGGCAGCGGCCAGUCAUCUUUUACAACACCCACACCGCCGCAGCCGCAGCUGUCAUUGCCAACAGACAGCGGGUUUCGCUCUGUGCCGUCUCUGCCGCCACCACUGACACCGCCACCACCGUACGUGGCGACUCCGGCUCCGCAGGCAACCUUUGGCGCCGGGACCUUCACCACUGCGCAAGACCUCGUAGCGCAUGUGCGCCUGCUUCUGCCGUGGACAGUAGUUGCAGCAAAGAGGCGGCGUCGCGUGCUCGCUGGCGCAGACGAGUUCGGCAAUGACUUGGCGUUGUCACCGCUGUCGUCGUCCUGGCGUCCGAUCCCGGCUGCCUCGGAGCGCGCCACGAGUGCGAAUUCGUCGUCGUCUGCGCAGUCGCCGCAGCACCGCGUACUGUCGACGGACUCUGCCGCCACCACAAACAGCACCUCUUUCAUGGACGACGAAGUCACGCUCGUCAGCGACCGCGUGGACGCGGUGCUGCCGACUUGGGCGUACCUGUCCUCACACAUUGCCGACGCCGUCCCGCCGACACUCUUCCUGUCGGUCCCCACUGUCGCUCUUGCGAGGGAUGACUCCCUCGCGAUGACCUCGACGGGGAGCAGCCGACGCCGCCUCACCCACAGCCCCCAGAGCAGCACGGCCAGCUCUAUAGUCGAUGGAGUGCCACCCCCACUCCUGUCCAUGGCAACGGCCCCGCUUAUUAUGGACGAGGGCGCGGAUCGGCAGUCGUGCUUGUACCCGUACGAGCUGGCGGAGGCCUGCGCGCUGGCACGACUACGACGACCUACGUCGAAGACAGCGGCCGCGGCCGCAUCGGCGCAGAGCUCUCUGCACCUGCUCCGACUGGAGCUGCAGGUCGAUGUGCAGCAUAUUCCACCCACAGUGAGGAGCGUGGCACCGGCACAGCGGCAGUGCAUUCUGGAUCAGGCCCUUACCGAGUUCACGCUGACGGGCGUUCUGUCCAACACGGUGCUGCGAGGCGUGCUGAACGACGCCGCGCUGCGGUUGUUGGCCAGCGUGGACGAUGAGGUGCUGCGACGGAUCGCCGGGGAGGUGGACCAGGCCAGUCAAGCAGAGGUGGAGCCCCGUGAAGGUGGCGCAUCGAGCGUCUCGGCAGUGCCCGCUGUCACCCCUCAAGCCCGCUGCCAGCGCGUUGUGCCGCUCAGCCUCCAAGUUCACGCUCUCCAAGGGGGGCCGGGCAUUGCUGCGAGUGCCACGGCGAGUCCGCUGCUGUCGAGCGCUUCGGUGCACUCCGCGACGGCGUCAACCGUCUCUGGCGAAACAGACCCGCCGCGCCACAUGCCGAUGGUGCCCACCGCCACGCCGACGCGACUGAUCCUCAUGGUGCUCGUGCAAGUGCAACACACUGCGACAACAUCGACAGCUCCUGAGGCCCAGGAGACGCGGAUGGCGGAUGGCGAGCAGAGGCCGCAGCCGAAUGGACACGAUCGGGAGCGCGCGUCCAAGACGGUGGAGGCUUCUUCCUCGUCCUCCUCCGCUGCGGAUGCAACGACUCGGAUGGACGAAAACGCCGCCGUGUCCUUAGCCAGCGCCGUUGUACCGCAUCUCUUCCCGCUCACCUUCGGGCUUUCACGCUUCACGACGCGGCUCUCUCUCUCCAGCGCCGUCGACUACGAUGCCCUGUGCACCGCAACGAGGACCAGCGAUGCUGAGAGUUGGCCAAGCUCUACCGCGGAGGCUGCGGAAGAAGUUGCCGCCGCUUCGGCGGAAACCUCAGGAAGGCGGGCGGCAGAGUUCUGUGAAGGCUCGACUGCGACGACGACUGAGGAGGGCACACGGAUAACCGGCGCAGAAGCGGCAGCGCAGCCGUGGUCGUGGCAGGACAUCUCUGUCGACUCUGUGCGGGUAUGGUGCGGCCUACCAGAGCUGAAGCCGCCUCCAACGCCGGCGGCGGCACCCUUAUCCUCUUCCCCGUCGGCUUUCUCGCGUGUGGUGAGUUCCAUGGCUGUAGGGGCGGGCGGCACGGCAAGCAUGAGCGCUUCGCUCUCGUUGCAGUCGACGCCGAAGCGGCAGCGGCCGUUCCAGAAGACAGUUCAGGAAGCUGCCACCGCUGCCGUUCCCGAGAGCGAGGCGGUCCGCGAUGCCGUGGCUGACCAGGCAGUGGCGUUUGAGCGUGAGGCGAAGGGCCAGCUGGGCGAGGCGGGCAAGGAAGAGGGCGAGUUCGACGACGGCGGCGCCAUAAGCGAGACGCUGCGGCGCUGUGAUGUAGGCAAAGAAACGGUGAUGCUGACGAGUGUCGUGGAGGCUGUGCACCGUUGCGUCGACGCGCUGUGCGGGCACGCCAGGCUGCUGCGGGCGCUCAUGGAGACGGGCGAGGCUGCAGUGGAAGCCGACGAGGCCAGCAACGGAGCUGUAGGCUGCUGGGGCUCAGAGAGCGAGGGGAAGCCCCAGAAGGAGGCACCUGCUGGCCAGCAGCGCACGGUGGCGUUCGAAGAGACCGGCUGCACUUCAAAGGCGGACGCCGUUCAUGGCCACCGUUGCGUCGGCGAUCAUGCUUACCUGCAAGACAUCAUGGUGGCCACCCAGCAGGUGCUCGUGUGCGGGCUGACGCGCUUGCUUAUCGCCGGUCUUUCCGUGCCAGAGUCUGCCGAAGGCAGCGAGGUGUCUGCCUCAGCGGAGAGUGCGGCAGCCUUCGAUGCCGAGAGGCGAAGCGCAGGCUCUCGCUCCGUUCUCUUUUCCAUGCUCGCUAGCGCCGAGGACAGCGAUGGCAGCGCCGCGGCGCACACUGGCGGCAUUGCACAGCAGCUGCGACGCUGGUUCUCUAUGUACGGCCGCUACCUUGCCGAGCGUUUGUGUGCCCCGCUGGAGCGGCUCGAGGCGUUCAUCGCAGAGACCACUGCCAGUGCCGCCGCGGCGCCGACGACGGCUACGACGAUGUCCGGCAUCUGUGACAACGUCCACAGAGGCCCGAGUGACACGCCGAGCACCUCACGUCGGGUGGUGCCCGGCGCACAGGUGAUGGCGAAGGAGAAGCGCCGCCACCGCCGCCACACUGCGGGCGUGAAAGCCUCACAGGAUGGCGCGAAGUGGGACGGCGCCGGGAAGGCCAAAGAGGCGGACGCGUACGCCGUGGACUCCUCCGUGCUGCCCGCCUUGUCUAUCGCGAAGGCAACCGUGCAGCUGUGCCGCACGAUGGCCGGCACAUGGGCCCCGUUGUACGAUGCAGGUGCUGUUGCUUCUUGUAAGGAGCCGUCAAGCCACCAGCACACACCGACGACGUCCACCGACGGCGACGGCUUGGCAACGAUGUCGGACACAGCUUCGCUAAUUCAGCCUCACUGCCGCCAGCACUACCGCUCCACCUCACGUACGCCUUCUGCCUCCAUGCGCACGGUCGGUGCCACUGCCAGCGCUGUGCGCCUCCUUCACGAGCGCGUUGCCCCUCUUAUGGACGCCAUUACCAGCGUGCUAAGACUCUUUGAGGCGGAGGAGCGACGGUGGGCAGCGCUGCAGGAGCCGCUGGCGUGCCUGAGAGGACACUGGCGGGACAUGCGGGCGAUCAUCAACGAGGAGUGUGUCCAGCGGUGUGAGGUAGGGCAGUCGUCGCUGGUGGCCUUGGAGAGGCAGAUGCGAGACACGCUCGCGAUGAGGGAGGUACGUGGAUGGUCAUCAAUCGUGGCGGAAGAGGUCGUUGCUGCCGCCCGCGCCGCUGCACUCGCCACUGGGGGCGAGUCUGCAUCAGCGGAGCGGGCUGAGCUCGGCGAACUCACUGUUCCAGCGAUCCGGCCUCGUACAUCCAGCCAGCGUAGCGCUGCUCAGCAGCCCACACUGACGCCGGUAGCCACACUGCCGUUGAUGCCGGACCUUAGUGGCGCACACUUGCCUCCGACGCAUUCCCUCAAGGUACCGCAGAGGACGGUGAUUAUGGCAGAGGCGUGCAAGAGAGAGCGAGUCGCGGCGGACUCGGGCGAACAUGUGGGGUUGACGGUGGAGGAGACGCUGCUGUCGCCAUCGCCGCCGACGCCGUCGCACACAUGGGACGUCGAGCGCGACGAGCCAGAGGCGGCGGAGGAGGGUGAGUUGAAGCACGCAUGCGUUGAGGAUGUCGUCAUGGUUGAGGAUAGCGAUGCUGGCGAGCGUGGCGACGACGGCAUCGAGGCAUCAGCCGAAACCCUGAAUAACCGACCCAUGGCGUCUGCGGAGGCAGUGGUGCCACCUCUGUCGCCACUCCUCUCCGCCGCAACGUCCAGCCCCCUCGCCACCACCGUAAUGCAGCAGCAGACGCCGCAGCGCAACCAACCGACGCAGAGUGGCUGCGCGAAACGCUCGGGCCACGCACCGAUGACGCAGCCGCAGUCACAGACUCAGUCCCGUGGCAAGGCAGCAGGCUCACGUGCGCAAGCCUCGAAAAGCAGCGCUGCGCCUCCGAUAUCUCUGCAAAACUCGAGAGCGCCGACAGCAGCAUCAAACAGCUCUGCGCGACCGUCGCAGCAGCGAGGCACAGCUUCCACCGAUUAUGGUGCCGGCGCCGCGGCGUCUGUGGAGGGCGCACUGGCACUUGCGGUGCGCCAGGUGCAGCGGCGCAGCACGCCGGCGCCCCUGUACGUGGAUGUGGUAGUGCUCCGCCAGGCCACCCCGUUCGUGGCCGUCGGUGCUGUUCUUUUCUUUCUCCUUCUCUUCCUGUAA